UGAAAGUCAGCCACGUAAAUUUAUGUUAGAUUGUUAAUUCUAGGUUUAAUUUAUUCGUCAAUAAACGAACAAUAAAGUUGAAUUGAAUAUGGCACCACCGCAGAAGGGAAAACAGGGCACAAAGGGCGCUAAGCAAAUCGUUGAAGAAAACAAGACCGCAUUAGCAUUUUAUAGAAACAUGGCUGUGUGCUGCGCCGCUUUUGCUUUUGUAUUGAACUUUCUAGUCUUCGACAUUACAAAAGUCACAAUUUUCAUGAGCUUCGUCUCGCUAGUUGUACUUGGCGGUUCCUACCAAUUCAUGGUCUUUAUGUCGCGUCCGAAGUAUUCCGAGACUGGUGCACUUGUGGACGCUGGCAACGACUUGAACAUGGAGGGUGGCAUCGCAGAGAAUGUCAAGGAUCUAAUUAUCCUCACAUCAGGCACAUUACUGCUCGCCUUAAUUUCCAACUAUUUCUGGUUAGUUCUGCUGCUUGCGCCCAUACGAGCUGGGUGGAUGCUGUGGGGCAGUGUCAUAAAACCGUGGCUGUCGCAGCGGAAUGCUAAUGAAGAACCCGAACUGGACGAAAAGAAACAACGAAAAAUGGAGCGUAAAAUGCGUCGUAUGAGAUAAAAGUGGUCCCUGUUACACACAUUAGUUAAAUUAAUUACAGCCUAGCUCCAGUAGGACACAAUUUGCAUUUUUCCCGAAUUUGUAAACCGUCCAAUUCGAAAAAUGUGUUUAAUGUAUCCUAUUGAAUCUAAGGUUAGGUUAUACAAUUUCUGUUAUACUCACUUGGCGGGGUAUUUUGCCUUAUGAAUUUAGAUGAGAUUCUAAGAUUUAGAGUCAUGGGACAAAGUAUAGACGAGAAAUAUGUACGUUUUCCAAAUUAAUUGUUUUCCAAAUUAAAUUUUCCUGGACAUGAAUAAAAACGUCGGAUUAUUGUUUAUUCCGGAUAUUUUGAGCACUUA